AUGACCGACUUUCCUUUGAGAUCAAUCCUCCACAGCCCUGGUACUUCUCAGCGACUCAUGAAGUGGGCUAUAGAGCUAAGCCAAUACGACCUCCUCUACCGACCGAAGACUGCAAUAAAAGCUCAAGCCUUAGCAGACUUUGUUGCAGAAUUCACACCAUCAGCCGAAGAAGAGAAGCUGGUCAGCAAAAAGAAGGAAAGUUCGAGAGCAGACAAGACCUCUACUGAACCUGACCAACCCAUAGACAUGUGGCAGUUGCGCGUAGACGGAGCGUCGAACCAGAAAGGAGCUGGAGUAGGCGUCGUCAUCAUCACCCCAGAUGGAACCCUGUUAGAGCAAGCUAUCACGCUUGGCUUCCCGGCUUCAAACAACGAGGUAGAGUACGAGGCAUUGCUCGCUGGCUUGCGCUUAGCAAAUGAGCUAUCAAUCAAAAAGCUGGCCAUCUACUCAGAUUCCCAGCUGAUCACAAGUCAAGCCUCAGGAGAAUACAUGGCGAAGCACCCAAGGAUGAUCUUGUACCUUGACAAAGUCCAAGAGUUGUUGAAGGCGUUUCCCACCUUCACCAUCCAGCAAGUUCCCAGAGCAGAGAACGCGCACGCAGAUGCACUGGCAAGCUUAGGAUCGGCUCUGGAUACCUAG